AUGGACAGGAGAAGAGAUGGAAGCACUCGACCAGAGGGCGUGGAAAGAGAAAGAGAAAACGACAAGGAAGAGGCAAAGGAGGAAUACGAGGAGGCGCAUACAGAAGAAGGAUCUGAGGUGCAUGGCAUCACAUCCCAUCUCGCAGGCUCAGCUGGCGAUAUCCUGCGGCCGCUGUCUGAAGUUGCAGCCCAGCGCGCAAUCCUUUUCCCGAGUAGCGGGUCGCUUGCAUUGCUAGCGACUCAACAUGCAGAUCGGGGGCAAAACCAGAGCUUUAGCAUUAAUAAUGGCGAUAAUAGCUUGGUGCACGCCCAAUCGGAUUCCAAUGUGGGCGCCACCGUUGAUGCGCUGCGAGAGUUCACGGCCGCCGUGUGGCAGUCUUCGUCAGAGUCUUCUUCGUCGUCGUCGUCGUCACGUCUAUACAGGGAGCAGCAGCAGCAGCAUCAACAGCAUCAGCAGCAGGAACAGCAGGAACAACACCCGCAGCAGCACCAGCAAUUCGCACCGUCGCCGUUCGCGUGUGUCUUCCCCGAGGGAACCAGCACUUCGCCUCUUUUCCUGCAGCGAUGUGACGAAUCCGAAACACCGCCCGAGUCGGAUCCAGAGCCAAGCACAGUGCUGAAGUACAGCGAGUCCAUGCAGUUGUUUCGAAGGAGCCCGGAGGACGGGGGGAAGAUAUGGAAACGGCGUGUUCUCGAGUAUCGCUGA